GGUGUGGGCGUCGAUGUCUAUAUGCAUGGCUUCCAGGCGGGACUCUAUAUACUUUUUUCAGCUCUUCUGGUGAUGUUCAUCGAGGUCAAGUGGCUGGUUACGCUAUUCCUGCAGCUCCAAUGUUCCGAGGAUAACUAUCAGAGGAGCUUGAGAGGGUCCUGCGGCUGCUUGGGCUGCUGGCGCGUGUCGUGCUCCUUCUGCGGCGGCUGGCGACCCACGCCCAUCUAUGCGAUUAUUGGCAUCUGCCUGAUACUCUAUCCGCAUAAUCUGUGGCUCAGCUAUGUGGCUGGCAUGUUCCUGCUGCUGCUCGGCCUCCUGCGACUCUGCACACUGCUCCGAUUCAGUCCUGCCAAAGACGAAGGCCUCCUGCCGCAAUGCGACUUUGAAAAGGUGUCCAGUUUUGUGGAUAAUAUGGAGGAUGACUUUGCGGAGGUUAGUGCCUCGCAAACAGUCUUGGAUCAGGAGGACGAUGAAGACGAUGGCGACGAGGAACCCACCAUUGACGAUGAUGUUUGCUAAUAGUUAAGAAGCUAUGAAAUGAAUGCUUAAGUUUUCAUUAUACGAAUUAAUUCAAGAGAAUGGGAAACCAUUAGCAUUA